UUUAUUUGUUAUUUUUUAUAGAGUUUUGUGUUUACGUUUCAAAGUUUCAUAAUUCGUUCUUGUCUGACGCUUCUGUGAUUUAUUUAAUAAUUGUAAACAAUAAAUAAUAAUUAAUCUCGAGGAUUGUAUAAGUAGAAUAAUUCUGCUUUUCUUGAACUUUUUGUAAACUUUAAACAUAUCUGUCUUUAAUUUUUUUAUUUUAUUGUUGAUUACUUUUUUACUAGUCAUAUCUAAUUUAUUAUUUUAUUUGACGUUUACCAUCAAAAAAUUACAAUAAUUAUAAUAAUACAAUAUUUGUUCGAAUCCACUGAAGAUAGAUUAUACGACUCGUAAAUAUGAGGGAGCCUGAACAUUUACGUAAAUUAUUUGUCGGUGGUUUAGACUAUAAAACUACUGAUGAAAAUCUUAAAAAAUAUUUUGAACAAUGGGGUGAAAUUAUGGAUGUUGUUGUUAUGAAAGAUCCACAGACUAAACGAUCAAGAGGAUUUGGCUUUAUUACUUAUGCUGCUGCUCAUAUGGUUGAUGAUGCACAAGGUGCACGACCUCAUAAGAUAGAUGGUCGAACAGUAGAACCUAAAAGAGCUGUUCCAAAAACUGAUAUUGGAAAACCUGAAGCAGGGGCAACAGUUAAAAAAUUGUUUGUUGGUCUGUUAAAUGACAGUAUUACUGAAGAAGAUUUAAAAGAAUAUUUUUCUCCUUAUGGUAAUGUUACUUCUGCUGCUCUAGUUGUUCAUAAAGAAACAGGCAAAAAACGAGGAUUUGGUUUUGUUGAAUUUGAUGAUUAUGAUCCUGUUGAUAAAAUAUGUUUAAAAGGAUCGCAUAUUAUAAAAGGAAAAAAAAUUGAUGUAAAAAAAGCAUUAAGUAAAGAAGAAAUGGCUAGAGUAAAUGCUAGAAAUAACAGUAAUUCUGGAGAUAAUUGGGGUAGUGAUAAUCGAAGUGCCUGGGAACCUACAAUGAGAAAUUUUGGAAUGAGUGGAAGAGGUGGAGGAUGGAGAAGUGGUAAUGAUCCUGACCCAUGGGAAUCAGGUCCAAGUUCUCGAGGAGGUAAUUGGGGAGGCCCGUCAACUAGUGCUUGGGAUAAUAGUUUCAGUGAUGGAUAUCAACAAAGUUUUGGUGCUGGACCUAUAAGAGGAAGUAAUGGCCCUAUGCGAGGAGGUGGAUCGGCUAGACCAGGACCCUAUAAUAGUGGUUUUGAUAGUGGAUACAAUGACUUUAGUAGUGGAUUUAGCGGCAGUAAUUUUGCCAGUGGUGAAGGAAGUAGUUUUGGAGGAAGAGGAAGGGGUGGUGUUCGUGGAAGAGGAGGUGGUCCUGUAAGAGGAAUAUCGGGAAGAGGACCUGGAAAUCCAAGCCGUGGUGGCAGAGGCGCUUUUGGACGAGGUGGUAGAGGAAGAUACUAGCUAUAUAAGGUUAAAAAAAAGUAUGAGCUGACCCAAAAUGUUACGUAAGGGGUUUGGGUCAGGAGAAUUCCAACCCGCAGAAAUUUAAACUUGUGCAGGCCAUCAGGAAUCUUUUUUUAAAACUUUAUUCCUCAGUUUAUAUUGACAAAAAAGAAAGGCAUUUUAGGCUUAAAGAUUUGUGUGUAAUUUUUUUUCUAUCUCAUAUGUGUCUUGAUUACAACAUUUUAGUGCGAGUGAUAAUUAUUCUUAAAAAGUAGUAAAGAUAAAAAGUCAGUAUUAUUCAGAACUGUAAGCAAAUUUUCCAAAUUAAAGAGUGUGUAGUUAAUUAGGUUUAAAUAAUAAAAAGAUAGGUUUAGAUGACAUCCACAAAUUACAUUAGAAUAUAAAUAGUAUUAACAAUUACAUAUAUAAUUACAUAUACUAAUUAUUUAAUUUUAUUAUUAUUAUUAUUAUUUUUUUUUUUUUGAUUGAUAUGAGAAUUAAUGAUACUGUUUAAUAUCUUAUUUAGAAUUAGGAGUAAUGGAUCGUUUAGUUAAUUGAGUUAAUUAUACAUUUCAUAUUGUAGUUCAACUACCCUCCUUAUGAUUUAUGUUUGUGUUUGAUCGUUCAACAUAUGUCUAACUUAUUUAGGAAAUAUCAUAGUGUGUAAUAAUUUAUUGAGUAUAGCUACUUGUAAUCGACAUUUUUUUCAACUUAUAAUAACAGUGUUAAUUAUUUAAACAUAAUUAUGCAUAAUAUUUUAAUCUAUUUUUUGUGUGACGCAUAAACACAUUAUUACACUUAUGAAAUAAGUUUUCAUUAAGUGAAUUCUUAAGUUUAUUCCUGUCUUUCAUUAAAAAAAAAAUAAAUAAAUAAAAAUAGUGUAAAAAUUGAAGAAUGUACAAUAUUUAUAAUUUUUUUUAACCUGACUUCCAGAUUUGUAUCAAAUCAAAAUAUAUAUUUAUAAUUAUUGUAUUAAA